AUGGAUGAUAGUACUCCUAGGAAAUUAAAGAUAUCACCUGAUCACUUUACUGUUCCUACUCCCACCGCCACAGAAGCUUCUCAAGACCAUUCUUCUUCUCCAUCAACUUCACACCCCAAAGAAGAUAACAUUUCUUUAAGGUCUCUUAGUCAAAGCCAGUCCAGUACUCGCAGGAAACUGAAAAGAGCAGCACUAAUGUUGAAUCUCUUCUCUCUUCGCCGUCUGCCUUGGGUUUCAGUCUGA